AGUUUCUUAUAUUAAACAUACCUUACCUUCUUCAGGUAAUGCGCCCGGCCCUUUUUCAGGAUCGGAUUAAAUAUCUAGGUAAUUUUAAUAUAGAAGAGAACAUUUUUUUCAAACUAACUAUUAAUUUAAUAAUUCAUUAUUGAAUAUAUAGAAUUAAUUAAUUAAUUAAUUAACUUAUUAAUAAUAUAUAUAUAAUUAAUAUUUUUUAUUUCUUUUUUUUUCUUACUAGAUUCUAUAUAUGGUUAAUAAAACUUUACCGAUUGAUUGUAUCCAUUAACAUUUAACCAUGACGUAAUAGCUAUAUGUUAAUUUUUUAACAACACAUUUAGCAAGAAUGCUCUAAAUAGUCGCUAAAAACGUAUUUAAAAGGUAAACUUUUCAACGAAUUAAUGGCUUGUAACUUUUGUACCACUUGGUUAUGACCUUAACAAACAGUCUAUGCUAUUUAUUCACUUUUAGGCCUAAUUUUUUUUAUUUUUGAAAUAACAGACAGCACGACGAUAGUUUAAUGGAGGUGUUUAAAAUGUCGAGAUUCAAGUAUUACGUAAUUAUCUCGGCAAUAUUCAUAAUUGGUCAAUUGAUUCACGAAAGUCAAGGUCAAUUGGAAGAUUGCAAGAAGAAGAUGAAUGUUACUUUUCUAAUUGAUUCUUCUGGCUCAGUUAUCGAUGAUGAUAAAGAUAAUUUUCAAAGAAUAAAAGACUUUCUAAAGUCAACUACGGAUAAUUUUCCAACAAAUGAGAAUGUGUUUUUCUCCCUUAUACAAUAUAGUGAUAAAGCUACAGUAGAAUUUAAAAGAAUUCAUCACGUAAAUAAUGAAAAAACUAAGGAAAGAAUACAAAAUAUUGUCUAUAAGCCGGGUAAAACAAAUGUUACUGGAGCCCUUUUUAAGAUGCUGUAUGAUGUAUUAGAGGUAGAAAAGGGUCUUUCCCUCAACAAUAUAGGGAUAUUCCUUAUUGAUGGUCCCGCAACGAUUGAUAGACAACUAGUCGAUACUUAUAUGAGAGAAGCCGUUGUAAAAUAUGGAAUUACAAUGUACUCUAUUGGCGUUGGUAACAGAGUAAGAGAACAAGACAUUAAAAAAUUAGCGUCUAAUAGUACAAAUAAUAAAAGAAAUUAUUGGAAAUUAGACAAAUUUACAGAUUUAAAAAAUAUCGUUCUAGACGUUUCUCAACUUGUUUGUCAAGCAGCUGAUUCUGGCAUUAUCAUUCCUCCAAUAUAUGGUGAUUGUUCUACCAGUAAUCAUGGCAAAACCUUUUAUCUAACUUUUCCACCUAUGGAUAGUUCCACACCUGAUAUAAACUUGUUCAGUUGGGGAAAAAACCCAACUAGAAUUACUCUUAGCUAUCCUAAAGCUGGUUUUGGUUCGACAUCUAAGCAACUCGAUAGAAACUCGAUUAAUCAGCUUGAUUGGGUAAAAUUUGAUGUAAAUUCAAAUGUAUUAACUUCCGGCUCGUCGAAACAUAAUAAGGCUAUUAAAUUGGAAGCUUCAAGCUCAAUCAAUGCAUUGGCCUUUUCAAAUGAAGGAAGCUCAUCUUGUUUAGCGUAUACGGCUAUUCCUACUGAGCAUUCGGGUGACUUAUAUUACGUUUCAUCAGGUGGAGGAGUUAGGCGAGAAUCGUCAACGUUAAGCGUAAUUGCCCAUGAUAAAUCUUUAAAUAUUAUUAUUUACCUACCCGAUGCCGGAAGUAGUAACCCACUCCAGCUUACAUAUGAUGGAAAAGUUUAUAAAAAGAGAGAGGUUAUUCAAGUAAAUUUACAAGCUAGAGAAUCUAUUCAAUUAGUAGCAACUGAAGGAUAUUUAAGUGGUACUGCAAUCUAUUCAACAGAUGGUAAAUUUUCAACUUUUGCCGGAUCUUUAAAAACGAAUAUUAACUCUAAAGGAAAUCAAGACGCUCUAUAUACUCAAAUCCCUAAAGCUUCAACUUGGGGUGACGAAUAUUUGAUUGUCCCAAAUCCAGGUCUAAAAAAUCAAGAAUACUAUAUCGAAGUAGUAUCUAUAGUUGACGAAACAACCGUACUAUUCUUUAAUGGAGGAGGUAGACAUACAUUUAGAAAAGCUGGUGGAGUAUUUAGGACCAAAAUUACAUCUUCGAAUAAAUUUACAAGAGUAAAUACAGGAGGAAAUCCAAUCAUGGUUGCUCAAUAUUUUGGCGACGACUUUAAUCAACCUAGUUUAAUGACAAUACCGCCAACUGAACAAUGGAGAAAUCAAGCUGAAUUUUCAAUUCCAACAGAGGCCAAUAUAACUGUAGUUACUAAGAGUCAGAAUACGAAUAAUCUUGUUAUAGACGGAGAAUUUAUUAAGCCUACUAUAGUUUGGAGGACGGUUAAUCAAUACCGUAUAGCAUCUUUCCCACUAAAGAUUGGUUUUCAUAGAAUAUGGUGGCAUAGAACAGAGCCAAGCAAGUUUUUAGUAUAUGUUUUUGGUUCUACCGGAGAUUGCGGAUAUUCAUUCGUAGCGGGGAGAUGUUUUGGAGAAAUAGCUACACCAACAAUACCAAGUUUACCUACUCAACCUCCAAGCACUACAAAAUUUUCUACUCCAACUCGUCCACCCACGACUCCUAAGUAUGCUUCAGGAGUUGCUCAUUACGAUGAGAUAUGUAGAAAUUCAACAAGUGGUCAAAAUUUUUACAUUUCCUUCCCAUCUAUGUCAUCUACUGUUUCAACUUUGGAGGUUUUUAUCUCCAGUAAAUAUGAAACGUCUGCAACGAUAACUUAUCCAAAACUGGGAAUAAAUGGUGGAACGGUUAAUGUCGAACAAGGAAGAUCUACUAGAUUUCGAAUUAAUAGAUUAGCGUCACCGUCCAAUUUAGAAUCGUAUAAGAGGAACGCAGCAGUCAAUAUUCAAUCACUUCGAGAUAUAAGCGUAAGGGUUGUCGCAAGAGAAAAUUCCAAUUCCCGUGUUGCUUAUACAGCAAUUCCAACAAGAGUAACAGGAAAACAUUACGUUAUUGGUGGAACUAAGGAUCUUGAAUCUGGAAAAUCUAUUCUGAACGUUAUUUGCUUUGCUGAAUAUAGAUCAACUAGUAUUCGGAUAACUUUACCAAACACCAACCUCAAAUUUACUUAUAACAAUAAACAAUAUCAAAGGAGAGAUCAGAUAGUAAUUCAAUUGUUCAGCGAAGAAGAACUUCAACUAGCAGCAGACGAAGGAAGCUUUCGAGGAACUAUUAUAGACGUUGUGGGUGGAGGUCAAAUUAGCGUCUUCUCUGGUUCAAUUUUAGCCAAAAUUAAAAACUCUCAGAGAAAUGACGCUCUCUAUGAACAAAUGUUUCCAAGUACUUCGUGGGGAAACGAAUUUCUUCUAACUCCUUACUCUAAUGUUAAUGGAUGGAAGGUUUCUGCCACGUUCAUGGAUAAGGGUAUUUCGAUAUUUUUAAACGGAGGUGGCCGAUAUACAUCGCAAUAUGUUGGCGACAUUUGGGAAAAUGAAUUAACUGAUGGACAGGUCUAUACAAUUUCAACAAAAAAAUCAGUCGAAAACUCAAAGAUAAUGGUACUUGUUACUUACGGAUCAGAUAGUGGGGACAGUAGUACUGUUGUAGUGCCACCUGUUGCUCAAUAUAAAAACCAAUUCUACUUCUUUGCUCCAUCGACCGGGAUUUUAUCAAUAGCAAUACCCAAGAAUAAGAGAAACAGCCUACUCUUAGACGAUGCUUCGUAUACUUCAUCAAAUUGGAAAUCCUUCUCAUCAUCAUCUUUCGGUAAUAAUUGGGAAGUUACAACCGUAAGCGUAAGUUCAGGUGUCCAUCAAAUAUUUUGGAAAGGUGAAUCAGAAACCAGCGGAUUUUUAGCUAUCUUCUUCGCUAAUGUAAAUAAUGCUGCCUAUUCAUUUUCCCUUGGUCAAUGCCUGUAUCGUAUUGGCGGUGAAUUGGACAUUUCAACUCGAAAACCAACAACCAGAACAACUGUUACAACUGUAACAACUAUAACAACUAAAACAACUCUUCCACAUCCGACAACAGUAGUAACAGAUCCACCGAAUCCAUUUGUGGCUAAUUACGCUGAUAGUUGUAGGAAUUCAACUUUUGGAAAGGAAUUUUACGUGUCAUUCCCAUCACUACUCACCACUGUAUCAUCCCUUGAUAUUUACAUCUCAUCAAAACAGACUACAACAGCAACUAUAAUGUUUCCAAAACUUUCAAUAGGAAACAUAGCAUCAGUUGUAUCACCGGAUAACGCUAUCAGAGUUAAUAUUGAUAAAGCACUGUCACCACCAGGAUCAGUUAAAUCUUUUAAAAGAAAUUUAGCAAUCAGAAUUAGCGCCAGUCAAGAAAUUGGAGUUAUUCUUGCCGCUAGCGAGGAUGAUCAGCCAAAUUCUGGUUCAGAGCAUUCUUAUCUCUCUUACUCUGGCUUUCCUGUCGAUGUUACUGGUCUCAAUUAUGUUGUUGGUGGCCGAAGAAUGAUUGACUCUGGAACGUCAGUUUUGAAUAUUAUAGCCCAUCGAGAUCAUAGGUCAACAACAGUUAGAAUUUCUUUACCAGCAACCAUAGGCUUCAGAAUGAUUUUCGAUGGUCGAACCUAUAAAGAAAGUGAACAAUUAGUUGUUCAAUUAUUGAGUGAAGAAGAAUUACAAUUAGUUGCAGAAGCAGGUUCCUUCCAGGAAACUCUAAUAAACGUCGAAGGCGGUGGAUCAAUCAGCGUUUUUGCUGGUUUUGUCAAACCUUUAAUACAAAACUCUAAAAAAUCUGAUGGUUUCUUUAGUCAAUUGAAUCCAAUUGCCUCAUGGGGUCGUGAAUUCCUGUUGGCUCCGUUUCCAGGUUUCUCAAAGUGGACAGUAUCCGCAACCUUCCUCACGAAAGGUAUAUCUAUCUUCUUAAAUGGAGGAGGAAGAUACACUUCUCAAUUUGCUGGUGAUGUCUGGGAAACUGAGCUAGAUAUGAAUAAUAUCUAUUACUUAACAACAAAUAAAAAUUCCCAAAAUUCUAACGUAUUGGUAACAGAGACAUUCGGUACUGAACACGGCGGUGGAGUGAGUUCCGCUCUGGUUCCACCAAUAGAACAAUAUAAAAAUCAAUUUUAUUUCUACGCACCAACCGACGGCGAUCUAAGAGUAGUUAUUCCUAGAAAUAGACGGGAUAAACUACUUUUGAAUGGAUUGGUUGUUCAAGCAAAUAAUUGGAGAAGAUAUAGUUCAUCAGUUAGUAAUUGGGAGACAGCUUAUUUCAGAAUUACAAGAGGAACAUAUAGAUUGUUUUGGAAUACUGAUGCUAUUACUGCUGUUGGAUUUUCGGCAUUCUUUUACGGAUCUCAAAGUAAUGCUGCACAUUCAUUUUCACUUGGACAAUGUCUUAAUUUUAUUGGAGGUGAUAUAGUUAUUCCAACGGUUUCCACUCUUAGGCCAACGUCAACAGUAACUCCUGAGAUUACAACUACUCCUACUACUGACAAACCUUGUGUUAAUAGUACUACUGGAAGAAUUUUCCAUCUUUCUUUCCCAGUAGCUUCAUCAUCUACAAUUCAAUCCAUUCAAGUACUUAUCUCAACCGAAAAUGGAGCGUCCAUAACAUUGUCCUACUUUGAACAAGGAUUUAAUCCAGUUAGGAGAAGUAUUGGUAGAAGAGCAGUAGAAACUAUUGAUAUUAACCCAAGAGUUCUUCACCAAAGAACAGUAUCUGGAAAGGGUAGAACUUUUGCAAGAAUUGAAGCAUCAACCGAUGUUAGUGUAGUAGUUUAUAUGAGAGACAGUUCGUCCACUUGUUCUGCUUACAAUGCUUAUCCAACGAAUACGUUAGGAACUCAGUAUUUCGUUUCCGGUCCAAGGACAACUAACGGACAAUCAGUUCUAAGCUAUAUUGGAUCGUCGAAUUUCCGCUCAACUCUGGCACAAAUAAGAUUACCGAAUAGAGAUAUAGAGGUUAGUCUUGACGGGAAGACUUAUCGUCGUAACGAUAUCUUCCAAGUUCAAGUUCAAAGCAACGAAGAUUUACAACUGGUAACCACAAGAGGCGAUUUUAGAGGUACUGCAGUUGAAGUAAUCCAAGGAGAUUCAGCUGCAGUUUUCUCUGGUUAUUAUGAUACUCAAGUAGCUCGUACAGGACAAAAAGAUACUCUUCUAGAGCAAUUAACUCCAACCAAUAGUUGGGGUACAGAGUUCCUUGCGGCGCCUGACCCUUCAAGAGGGAAAUACUAUAUUGCAAUAACCUUCUUAGAGAAAGGAAUAAGUUUAUUUGUAAAUGGCGGUGGAAGAUAUACAUCUCAGUUUGUAGGCGAUACAUGGGAAGGUGUCGGUAAUAACAACGAACUACAAUAUAUUACAACGAAAAGUGGACGCUUACGCAAUGGUUCUCCAAUCUCUGUGUCUAUCAUCUACGGAGGAGAAGAUGGUUCACAGCCUAGUAUGAUUAUUGUUCCGCCUAUGGAACAGUUUCCGAAUAGUUUCCAUUUCGCUUCACCAACUAAUGGAUUUGCAAGAGUAAUUAUUGAAAAGGGUUAUAGAUCUAACAUUAGAUUAAACGAUAGACCUUACGAGACCAACUCUUGGCAGUCAUUUUCUAAUGUUAACUGGGAGACAAGUGUUAUCAGUUUGCAAUCUGGACGAAACUCUUUUACUUUAUCCGGUUUACCGACUGAGAGAAAGUUUGCUGUCUACGUUUACGGUUCGGAUAAUGAAUGUUCCUACGCUUUUUCAGCUGGAAUGUGUCUUUCGCAAUUGAAUAGCGGAAUAAAGCCUACUGGACCUCCGACUCCAGUUACGGUAACGAUUCCCGUCCCAACGCCUACUCCUAUAGUUAUUACUGUCGAGCCUCCUGUUACUAUACCUGUUCCAAUACCAUCACCCUCUCCCAUUCCAGUUCCAACACCUACUCCUCCAGUUCCCACUCCUACUCCCACUUUUACUCCCCCCACUACUCCCGCUCCUCCCGAUGGUUGCGUAUUAUCCGAUGUCGUUUUUAUCCUAGACGGUUCAGCUUCUAUUUCCGGUAAAAGUUUCGCCUACUCGCUCAUCUUCACUCAGGAACUAUUGUCAAAUUUUGAUUUUAAGAAAACUAGAGUGGGAGUUAUCAUAUUCAGAAAAGGAGUUGAGUUAAAAUUCCAUUUGAAUCGUUAUAGCAACGUUGAAGACUUCAGAAAUGCUCUUUUUACAAGCGAAUACAAUCGAGAAGGAAAGGCUUAUCUUGGCGAAUCUAUUGAAUUUGCUAGAAAGUAUAUGUUUACACCUCAAAAUGGUUCUAGACCAAAUGCGAAACGUUAUCUAAUCGUUUUAACUGACGGAGCCUCCAAUAAUAAAAGUUUAGCAUCCCACGAAGCAAGUUUAGCCAAGAAAGAGAAUAUUCAUAUAAUAUCUAUUGGAGUAGGAGGUUACCUAGACAAGGAUGAACUACAGACAAUAUCUAGUUAUCCAUUUACCAAUAACGUUAUAUUUGUUGACAAAUUCAUUCAGCUUCUACAAAUUAAUAAUCACAAUAAAUGGCAAGACAAACUGCACAGAAUGAUAUGCUAUAAAGAGAGAAUGUGUCUUUCAUCGUCAAAAUGCAUUCGUAAUUCAAAGUGUUUGGAUACAGUUGAUUCGUAUAUUUGUCAAUGUCCUAUUGGAAAAUCUGGAUCAAAUUGUGAUCAAAAUUGUCAGGAUUCCACGGACGUUGUAUUUGCAGUCGAUACUUCAGGUUCAAUAGGCCGAGAAAAUUUCCAAAUAAUGAUGGGCUUUAUCAGAGAAGUUGUAACUGAAUUGCCUCUAAAUGUGAGAGUUGGCUUGGAAACAUUUGGAGAUGAUCGAAAAAUAUACGUGAACCUUGGCGAUUUUGUGGACGAUAGGCUUAGUUUAUUAGAUGGUUUAGCUGUACCAUAUUAUACUGGAGGAAAGACUAAUACAGCAGCCGCAAUAAAAGCUUUAAGAACCGAGAUGUUUAUUCAGAGAAAAGGUGCUAGACAAGGAGCUACGAAAGUCGGAAUAAUUAUUACAGAUGGUAAAUCAACAGAUGUUGAAGAAACUAUAAAGGAGGCUAGAUUAGCAAGACAAGAAGGCAUUCAGAUUAUUGUCAUCGCUAUCGGCGAUCAAUUCCGAGAUAUUGAACUUGUAGCUUUAGCCGAUAAUCCUAACGUUCUUAUAAGCAUAGACGAUUUCAUAUCGCUUCUUUCAGUAAAAGAUCGUCUUAUCAGUAGCUUGUGCAACGAGAUAAAUGAAUGUAUAACGUCACCUUGCCAAAAUGGAGGAAAUUGUAAAGACUUAAUCAACACUUACGAAUGCGUUUGCCCUCUAACGGCUACUGGUUUGAACUGUGAAAGAAAAUGUAAUUCAAAAUUCGAUUUAUCAAUAGUAAUCGAUCGAUCGGGUUCAAUUACGCAAGAAAAUUUCCCAGAUGUUAGAGAGAUGAUGGCGUCUAUUUUACUGCAAUUAAAUAUCAAUUUAAACGCAGUAAGAGUAUCCGCUGUAUCUUUUGCUGAUACUGCAAAAAUUGAAUUUAAUUUAACUACUUUCUCUAACAAGAAAGAUGCUAUGCUGGCUUUAAGAAGAAUAAAAUAUAGCGGUGGUUCUACAAACAUUGGAUACGCCUUUGAUAUGUUACUUUCAGACGUAUACCAGCAAAGAGCUGGCGAUCGUAACGAUGCUCCAAACUAUGUUAUUCUCUUUACGGACGGUGAACCAGCCGAAAAGAAUAAUGUAAACACAAUAAAAGCCGCCGUAAAGGCUAGAAAAGCUGGCCUACAUAUAAUAGUCAUAGCUAUCGGAAAGUAUUUGAACCUUAAGGAACUUUAUUCCCUAGCUUCUUAUCCAGGAAAAGCUAACGUAUUUACUGCGGACAAUUUUAAUUCUCUGCUAGCUAUUAACGAGGUCGUUAGGCGGAUAGUUGGAACUGUUUGCAACGAGCAGAAUGAAUGCGUAAGCCAACCUUGCUUGAACGGUGGAACAUGCUUGAAUGGUAUCAAUCACUGGACAUGUAAUUGUCCAAUAAGAUCUACUGGUUUAACGUGCGAUAGAACUUGUACUAGGCAAGCCGAUGUUGUCUUUGUCGUCGACCUAAGCGGAUCCAUGACAGAUGAAUACUACGAGAUUAAACUAGGUUUUAUUAGAAGGAUAGUCGCUGGUUUGGAAUAUCGAUUAGAUAUGGUUAGAGUAGCGUUAGUUAGCUAUGAAACAGAGGUGACAGUUCACUUCCUCUUAAAUGAAUACUCAGACACUCGUGACCUCCUCAAUGCUGUAGUUUUCUCAAAACUAACCGGCGGUAGAACCAACACUCAAGGCGCCUUGGAGCUUGUUAGAAAUACUGUUCUGCAGGUUUCAUCCGGAGCAAGAAUUGGUGUACAGGAUCACGUUAUCGUUAUAACGGAUGGCGAGAGCAAUAUCGAUGAGAAUCAAACAAAGAUUAAGGCUGAUGCCCUCAAGAACGACGGUGCAAAAUUGUACGUAGCCGCCAUGGGCCGACAGGUCGAUAUGGCUGAAAUAGUAGAAAUAGCGAGCGGAGUAGGAGAGCCUUUUGUUCAAUUGUUAGAAAACGAAAGGGAUAGUUUCAUCGCCGCUGAUCGUAUAUUAGACUCUAUUUGUAAAUAA